GCGGUGGUUACGGCGGCGGUUACGGCGGUUACGGCGGUGGUGGUGGUAGCUACGGUGGAGGUGGAGGAGGAGGUUGGGGAGGAGGAGGAGGCUACGAAGACAAGAUGUCUGGGUUGGGCGGAGGUCUCCGCACCAUCAAUUGGGAUUUAGAGAAGCUGCCAAAGUUCGAGAAAAAUUUCUAUGUGGAAGACAAACGUGUCAGUGCCCGGAGCGACAGAGAAAUCGAAGAGUAUCGUCGCAACAAGGAAAUCAAGAUUCAAGGUCGUGGCGUGCCGCGUCCUGUUACUACCUUUGACGAGGCGGGCUUCCCUGAAUACAUCAUGUCCACCAUCCGCGCACAAGGAUUUAGCGCACCAACCGCCAUUCAAUGUCAGGCAUGGCCCAUGGCACUAAGUGGUAGGGAUGUUGUCGCAAUAGCGCAGACGGGUAGUGGCAAGACCAUUGCAUUUGCACUGCCCGCGAUGUUGCAUAUCAACGCGCAGCCGUUGCUGGCACCUGGUGACGGACCAAUCGCUCUAAUCCUUGCUCCUACGCGUGAGCUUGCUGUACAAAUACAGCAGGAGUGCACGAAGUUUGGGUCUAAUUCUCGUAUUCGCAAUACCGCUAUCUACGGUGGAGCGCCCAAAGGUCCUCAGAUUCGUGACUUGCAGCGUGGUGUCGAGGUUGUCAUCGCCACACCGGGGCGUUUGAUCGAUAUGCUUGAAACUGGAAAGACAAAUCUCCGCCGUGUGACUUACCUUGUCAUGGACGAGGCGGAUCGCAUGCUAGACAUGGGUUUCGAGCCACAGAUUAGGAAGAUUGUUGGGCAGAUCCGGCCUGACAGGCAAACACUCAUGUUCAGCGCCACAUGGCCGAAGGACGUGCAGAAACUGGCCAACGACUUUUUAAGAGAUUUCAUCCAGGUCAACAUUGGCUCCAUGGAGCUAACAGCGAAUCACAACAUCAAACAAAUCGUGGAAGUCUGCAGCGAGUUUGAGAAGCGCUCCAAAUUGAUUAAGCAUUUGGACCAAAUCAGCGCAGAGAACGCCAAAGUCCUGAUUUUUGUGGGCACGAAACGAGUGGCGGACGAUAUCACCAAGUACCUCCGUCAAGACGGGUGGCCUGCUUUGGCCAUACACGGUGACAAGGAACAACGUGAACGGGACUGGGUAUUGGGCGAGUUCAAGGCCGGCCGUUCGCCUAUUUUGAUUGCCACCGAUGUUGCGUCGCGUGGUCUUGACGUGAAGGACGUAGGCUAUGUCAUCAAUUAUGACUUCCCCAAUAACUGCGAGGACUACAUCCAUCGUAUCGGCCGUACUGGCCGCGCUGGGAUGAAGGGUACCUCCUACACGUACUUCACCACCGAUAAUGCCAAGUCUGCCCGGGAACUUCUGAGUAUUCUCCGGGAAGCGAAAGCAGAGAUACCCCCUCAGCUAGAAGAGAUGAGUAUGUUCUCCGGUGGUGGCGGCGGUCGCAGUCGCUACGGAGGUGGAGGCGGUCGCGGUAGGGGCGGUGGUGGUGGAGGCGGUGGUAGAUUUGACCGCGGUGGAGGUGGGGGCGGUUAUGGUGGAGGCGGUUAUGGAGGUAGAGGCGGAGGCGGAGGCGGCCGCUGGUGAGGAUAGCAUUGCUUGGUCUACAUUCUGCAUAAAUUAUUGUACUGCUAUGUCUUGGAGGUGGGGAGGUACCGACGCCAUGGCGUAAAAUCCCCUGAGUUGUAAUAGAUUGAGGAGCUGCUGUACUCUUGUCUUCCGCGGGUAACGUGUUGCACCCCAGCCAAUGGGGUGUAUUGUUAUA